CCUGUCCGCGCCUGGGAGCGCACCGCGCAGCUCGCUGUCACCCCGCACCCAGAGAGCAUGGGGAAGCUGGUGGCGCUGACCCUGCUGGGGGCCAGCCUGGCCUUCAUUGGGGAGAGGUUACUGACUUGCAGAGAAAGAAUGAAUGCGUCUCGAGAAGUGGAGUCAGUAGAACCCCAGAGCUGCCACCUUAUUGAAGGACUCGAAUAUGGCUCUGAAGAUAUUGAUAUACUUCCUAGUGGGCUGGCUUUUAUCUCCAGUGGAUUAAAAUAUCCAGGCCUUCCAAACUUUGCACCAGAUGAACCAGGAAAAAUCUUCUUGAUGGAUCUGAAUGAACAAAACCCAAAGGCCCAAGCACUAAAAAUCAGUGAUGGAUUUGACAAAGAAUUAUUUAAUCCACACGGGAUCAGUAUUUUCAUUGACAAAGACCAUACUGUGUAUCUUUAUAUUGUGAAUCAUCCCCACAUGAAGUCCACUGUGGAGAUAUUUAAAUUUGAGGAACAAGAACGUUCUCUCGUAUACCUGGAAACUAUAAAACAUGAACUUUUCACAAGUCUGAAUGACAUUGUGGUUCUCGGACCAGAACAGUUCUAUGUCACCAGAGAUCACUAUUUUAACAACUUCUUCUUGAGACUUUUUGAGAUGAUUUUGGAUCUUCGAUGGAGUUCCAUUCUCUUCUAUAGCCCAAUAGGGGUCAAAGUGGUGGCCGAAGGAUUUAGUUCUGCCAAUGGGAUCACAGCCUCACCAGACCAGAAGUAUGUCUAUGUGGCUGAUGUGGCAGCUAAGAACAUUCACAUAAUGGAAAAACAUGAUAACUGGGAUUUAACUCAGCUGAAGGUAAUUCCGUUGGGCACUCUUGUGGAUAACUUAACUGUCGAUCCUGCCACAGGGGAUAUUUUGGCAGGAUGCCAUCCUAAUGCCAUGAAGCUAUUCAUCUAUAACCCUGAGGAUCCCCCAGGGUCAGAAGUACUUCGCAUCCAGAAUAUUUUCUCUGAGAAGCCCAGAGUAAGCACCGUGUAUGCUAACAAUGGCUCCGUGCUUCAGGGCACCUCGGUGGCUUCCACGUACCGUGGGAAAAUUCUCAUAGGCACCGUAUUUCACAAAGCUCUGUACUGUGAGCUCUAGACUCCAGAUGUUCCAAAAAGUCUACGUAUUUGGUAAAAGUAAACUAGUGAUUGUGUGAUAAAUGUAACUGUAAAUAAAUAAUAAACACCAA